UGCAGCUAUAAAACUAUGGCAUGUUAUAGUAAUUAGAAAAUCUUCUGUUAUAAGUCUAAUUCUUAUCAUACUAACUAUAAAAUCAUAAUUGCUAUAAGGUUAUAAUAAUUAUGAUUUCGUAAUUAUUAUAAUAUAAAUUAUAUAUUAAUACAAUUGAAUUAGUGUUAUAGAAGUAACAAAUAAUGUGUCUGAUCAUUUUGGAAUUUAAACAGGAGAUAAUAAUGGUAAUAAUAAAAACAGUUAGGUAAUUACAUCUGGGUUGUUAGUGGGAUAAGAUGUUUUAAUAAAAAUAAAAAAGAAACACCCUUUUAUAUUUCAAAAAAUAGGAAUAUUUUUUUGACUUUUGACCCUUUUUUUAUUACGAUUCAACCAACCAACGGCGGCAUGGAGUGAAACCGAGCGCAUCAUCCACGUCCACUUGGCUGUGGAGUCGUUAGCCAAAAAUUCGUUGACUUUGACUUUGGAGAUGUUAAAAGCCGACGAUGACCAUAAAUGCGUCAUCAGGGAAGGUAUAAGUUUGACUUUGGGUAUGUGAAAACGAAAAGAUGUCCCUAACUAAUUGACGGCCUUAUGCAUGAAACGUACUGCAUGACAUCUUAUUUUUUUUAUUUUUUUCUAAAUCCAAAUUAAGCCCUUCUAAUUAAUUAUCCUAAAAAUAAACGAUCCGAUAUUGUAAAAGUUUCUCAAUCAGAGUAAAUCGCACACGCCAUUCCAUAGUCAGUGGAUUGUCUUUUCUUAAAAAAAUUUAAUUUCGUAGUACGUCAUAAUGAAGAAUUGUGAAUACCUAAUUAACAAGCAUCUUACCAUUGGACCGGGCAAAUCUUACGUAUUGUUGACACGUUCCGGUCGGUUUAAUUUUUAAAUUCGGUUCGGUUCGGUUCGGUUCGACAACGCAGCGGAGCUCUUGACGAAAUGCACCACCCGAAUCCUACGGCCGCACGAGCCGCCGUCACUUCCCUUUCCCGAGCAGCUCAAUCGGCCAAAGCACGCCCAGUCUCCGACGCCACCCACCGCGAUCCCCGCUGCCUCAGCGCCGUCAUCUCCGGCCUCGCCCUUGAUGGCCGCCCGCUGGAAGCUCUUCGCCUCUUCAAAUGGUUCCAGACCUCCGCCCUCGACCCCGACGAGUUCACCCUCUCCAAUGCGCUCUCGCUCUCCGCCAAUCUCAGCGCGCUGGACCAGGGAAGGCAGAUCCAAGCUUUCAUCUUCAAGAAGAAUCUACCCAUGGACGUUGCCGCCACCAACUCGCUCAUCAAUCUCUACUUCAAGUGCGGCAGCGUCGCCGACGCGGAGAAGGUGUUCGACGGUAUGCUUCUGAGAGACGUCUACACUUGGACUGCGAUGGUCUCGGGCUACGCACACAGCGGCAGAUUAGAAAGGGCCAUGACUUUUUUCGAGACGAUGCCCGCUAGAAACACUGUUUCUUGGAACUCGAUGAUCAAUGCUUAUCAGAGAGAAGGGUGUCAUGAGAUGGCAUUGGAAUUGUUUUCCAUAAUGAAGACGCAAGGAGAGGCCUUGAGUGAGCUAACAUUUGUUGCGGUUCUGAAGGCAUGUGCAAGUCUUCAACAAUUGGAGUACGGUGAGGGAGUUCAUUGCUGCUUAGUCAAAUUGGGAUGGGUGAGAAGUAUGCUCGUUGGGAGUGUGUUGAUGGAUAUAUAUACAAAAUGUGGUGGUUUACAAGAAGUUCAGAAAGUUUUCAAUGAUAUUGGAGAGCAUAAUGUUAUCUCCUGGUCUAUCUUAUUGGGAGGGUAUGCUCAGAAUGGGAGCAUUUUGGAGGCUGAGGUGAUAUUUAAAGAGAUGCCGGAAAAAAAUGUGCGAACAUGGAAUUUAAUGAUUGAUGGUUAUGUGCGGAACGGGAUGCUUGACAACGCUUUUGAACUGUUUGUUGAUAUGUUGAAAGUUGGCAUGAAGCCAAAUAGCUUUACCUUUACGAGCCUCAUAAGUGGAUGCUCAAAUCCAGAACAUACAAGAAUUGGCAAGAAGUUUCACGGCUAUGUGGUCAAAGGAGGCCUGGAAUCAGAGACUCCAGUAUGCAGCUCCUUGAUUACAAUGUAUGGUGAACACAGAAAUAUUGGUGAUGCUUGUUCAAUUUUUGACAUGAUGGUUUCUCGUGAUGUAGUUUCAUGGACAGCUAUGGUUGCUGCUUACAUCUCUUAUGGGAAUCUAGAUGCAGCUCUUGACAUCUUUGAUAGAAUGCCAAGUAAGAAUCUAAUAUCAUGGAACACAAUGAUGUUUGGGCAUUUGCAGAAAUGUCGAAGCUUGGAGUUCAACUCUCUCAAUGUGAUGAGGAACCCACCUGCUCUGCUGUUCUUCUAUCGUAUGGAAAAAUCAUCUGUCAGAGCCAACCACUUCUCCUACAACUGUGCCUUGAGUGUUUGUGCUAACAUUGGUGCUCUAGAACAAGCCAGAGCAAUCCACUGUAGGACUGUGAGAAGAGGAUAUGAAUCUGACCUGGGAGUAGGCAAUGCUUUGAUCACUGUUUAUGGAAAAUGUGGAGCUCUUGAUGAUGCUGAAGUAUCUUUUAAAUCCUUGAUAUAUCCUGACAUGAUAUCUUGGAAUGCCUUGUUGACAGGGUAUUCACAAAAUGGACAUGGAGAUAAAGUUCUUGACAUCUAUGAGAAAAUGCAGAAAUCAGAAGUUGCACCAAAUCAUGUCACUUUCAUAAAUUUACUUUCUGCAUGCAGUCAUCUGGGAAUGAUAGAGAAAGGCCUGGAGUUCUUCGAACGGAUGGAGAAAGAUCACAAUGUUAAACCCACAAGGGAGCACUACACUUGUAUCGUAGAUCUCCUUGGUCGAGCUGGUUAUCUGAGAGAGGCUGAAUCUGUUAUUGGAAAUAUGCAAAUAGUACCUGAUGCAGUGGUGUGGGGAGCACUACUGGGGGCUUGCAAAAUGCAUGGAGAUCCUGAGAUGGGUAAACGAGCAGCUGACCAAAUUGUUCUUCUGGAACCAGAUAACAGCUCCGCUCUUGUUGCAUUGGCUGAAACAUUUGCAGCUGCAAAUAUGUGGAAAUAUGUAGUUGAAGUGAGAACAUUAAUGAAGGAAAAGAAGCUUCUUAAGGAGCCAGGAAUCAGCUCAAUUGAGAUAAGAAAUCAAUCUUGCAUGUUUCUGUCUGCUGAUCCUUGCAGGCAGGAAAAGGAUUGCAUCCAUGACAUGUUGAAUAGCCUUUAUGAAAAGCUGAUCAUAUAGAAGUGCAAUUAACGAAGGGACCACGGAAUAACCAUUUGAAUGUGAUCUUGGGAGAAUAAAGAUUCUCCACCGGCUGUGACAAUAACAGGAUAUUUUUCUUAACCACGACUUCAACAGUGAGUUUGCAGGAUUCCUCUCCUCAUGGUCAACUGAAUCAGAUACCUAUUCUUGGUGGCUCACCAUCACUCUCAGAAUGAUACAAAAUCACACCAGCAUCAUGGGGUAAAAAUUAUUAUACAAAGAACAACUGAGUUUCCUCUAUAACAUUGAAAUGGAAUUAGGAGAUGCUCGGUGUUCCAAAAUAUUUAACAAACAGCUUGCUUGUUUGUGUGAUCUUUUGAACUUCGAACGUGACUAGCAGUAACUGCUCUGGAAGGUGAUUUAUCUAUCUGCUUAUUCCUGCCAAAAUGCCUUGAUCCAAUCAACUUCUUUGAUUUGUGGCUGUUAGCUAGCUGAGGGGGACACUUGGGAAGGGUUUAAUCUUGUAGAGAGAAAUGAACAUUAGGAGGUAUGUUGAGGUGCACAUCAAUCAUGUUAUUGAUAGUUGACAUUGCAUAUGCCCAGUAUGAAUGUCAAAACUUGUGUGAGAUUGAUUUCUUAGUAUUACUCUGUCAACUCCUCCAUUUUUGUGUGGCAACAUUCACCCGUUAAAUACAGCUGUCCAUGCAAUUUUGAUGCUUCUAUGUUAGGAUGUUAUGUGUUGAUAGAACUAUGAAGAAUUCAUUUUUGAAAACAGUCCAAGUGAAUCUGUC